AUGUCAUACCAGCCUAAACGUGAAUCAAGAACAUCAGUAGUAGAGAAUAGUCAUAAAGGAUAUCAACAAAUGUCAAAUGAUUCCAAUGAUAUUUCAGGUGAUCAAGCUUCUAAAGACUCAUCAUCAUUACCAAAAUAUUAUCCUAAAGAUCAUGAAGUUACCCGUUGGUUAAUCAAUCAAAUGCGUUGUCGUAAUGGGUUACAUCAUUUAGUUAACCUAAUAAAUAUUCAACCUUCCCUUCUUUCUGCUUAUUUUGAAGUAUAUGAUCAACCUGAAAUGUAUAUUGAUGCGAAAACAGGCCCAGGAAUGCCAGCGUAUGGAAUAAAAACAGUAUUAUAUUUAACUCCGCUGGCAAUUGCUAUUUACCUUCGUUUGAAAUCAGUUUUACACCUAUUAUUAAAAUCAUCGGGGACUCGUAUUCAUGCUAGAGCUAGAAAUGAAGUAGACGUGAAUGCUAUAUGUUAUGUACGCCGUAUGAAGCCUAGACCUGGUCCAUUUGUUAGCGAUGAAUAUUCUACUACACAACCGGCUAUAAUUGCAAUUAGACGAGAAUUUUUUCCAGCAAUUAGCUUAUUGAUGACUUCAAAUUUCAAUCCUCAAUCUCCUGUAUAUAUAAUUGAAAAAUUGGGUACAUCAAGAGAAACAACAUGUUGGUUUGUUGAUAUUUUAGAUUUUUGUAUCAAGCUAUUGAAUAAUAGACCUGGAUUGGAUGUGAUUAGUUUUAUUCAAUGUAUCAAUUGUUGUGUAUCAACAUACAAUAACUACAGUAAUAUCCAGUGCUUUUAUAAUCCAUGCGUAUACGAUGUAAAACAAAUCGAUGACACUACUGAUAAAGAUGAAUCUAACAGAUAUAUCUGGUGUUCAGUAUUUCGACGUCUGUUAAGAAAGGGAGUUAAUCGGAGUUAUUCAAAUUGUGGUAAUCGUUUGAUUAGUCUAUUAGAAUAUAUCAGUGAAGUAGGAUUUUUUCGACAAAAUUUUAUGCCAAAAGGUAUUAUCAAAUAUGAUCCAGAGCUUUUGACGAGUAGACAUUAUAUAUCAAUUGGUUUUAAAAAAAUAACUCCAGAAAUGAUUAAUAAUCUAAGUGGUAGUGAAAAAGACAAUGCAGUAGCUUUUAUUGGUGCAGAUCGUGAUGUCUGCUUGUAUUUGUUAACAUUAUGGCUUGAACGUGUUAGAAGUCGGUGUCUUGAUAGGCAAACACAACGUUUAUUUCGUUUAUUAACGACAUCAUUGGCAGAAACAGAGUUAUUGCAUGACUUUCUAUUCCCUCCAGAGAAUAUUGAUAUGAACACUACACUUUAUCCUUAUUGGUUAUCAAUGAAUCUAACUAUGAAACAAUCAUCAGAACAAUAUUUAUUAUCAUUAGACUGUUUAGAAGAGGAUACAAAUGAAAUUAUUAGUGAAUUAGAACCACCACAGCUGAAUGAAAUAAGAAGUGAAAUUGGUAUAUUAGCGCAUUCAAUGAAUUUAAUUGAUUAUUCAGAGAAACUUUAUCCAUCUAAUAAUUAUCGUAAAUUAACAAAAACUCUACCUAUAAAUGGUGCUUUCGGUGAUGUAGCUAUAGCGACUACUGGUUUACACGAAUCGAAUUCAGCAUAUUUACAAAAGACUAAUUUAACACGAAGUAAAUUUUUAACAUGUCUUCCAGGAAAGUUAUACGAAGAAUCCAUUAUAAAGAUUGAUGAAAAUAAAAAUAAAAGUAAUAAUAAUAAUACUAUUAGAACAGGCUGUUUACUUGGUCAUUAUAGUAAUUUAUUAUUAUCAUCAACAUCACACAAUCCAUGGACAAUAUCAGGAUUAAUAAAAAUACGUUAA